CGUUCUACUUCUAGCAUAUUAUAAAUCUAAUUAAGAAACUAAGGGAGUAAGAACUACGAGUACUAUUUUUUUAACCUUAUUUAACCAUAAACCAACCGAGAUACUAAGGUCUUUUUAGGAGAACACCACAACCUACUUAUUCAACCAUAAACCAACCGAGAUAGUAAGGUCUAUUUAGGGAAACACCACAACCUUCUCCUUGACUUAUAUAAUAGAGAUAAUAGAGGGUGCUGAUUUCAUCUUAAUAAAAAAUAGUAAUAACAAGAUCACUAAUAACCCUAAUAUAAUUACAAUAACAAAAUAAAUCGAUGUAAUAUUGCUAGCCUUAAUUUAGUUUCUAGAAGCUUAAAAAAAAUAAAAAAUAAAAAAUAAAAAAAAUCCACACCUCUAGUCCUCUCUUUGUUGAGCAAAACGCGGGAACAAAUAUCUUCUUUGCUGUCUUUGUAACUUAAUUCCUUGCCGCGUUACUUGUACUCCAAGAUUGUAACAAAUCUCUUUCUAAAAAUAAAAAAAAAAAGAUAAAAAAAAAAAGAUUGUAACAAAUCUCUAUAAAUACAACCGCUCCUUUAAUCGCCAGAACAUACCACUCUGCUUUCUCUUCCUUCCUCCCCCAAUAUACAAACCCUAACACUAAUUUCUGUCUUUUAUCCUCCAAAUUCAUUGCGAUUUAUUCUAUUUCAUCGUAAAAAUCCAUCAAUCAUAUUCGUCUACCUUCCGAUUCUCCGGUGGAUUGCUUUGAAUCGCAAUUUUCAACCCCUUAAUCAGAGAAUUCCUCGUUGUAUGAAGUUUGAAGUACGAUAGGCGGCAAUCAAUUGAUCGAUUUUGACAUUGGAGUUCGUAAUUGAUCGAUCACCAGUCGGAAGAGCGUUAUUGCGAUCGAAAUUUUCGAUUUUCAUAUAAUCAAAGAGAAGGCGUUCGAGAAUUCUGCAUCGUUGUACUGAAGAGGAAAUCAAGGCGACAUAGAGAUAAAAAAUCAUUGUACUUUUGUUAAUUUUUGUUGAAAGCUUUGAAACCCUUAAUAAAUUGUUAUCUAGGGUUUCAUUGCGUUUGAAAUAUAAUUUUGUUUGGUUGAUCGAUUUGUUUGUGAUUGAAAGAAAGAAAAAAAAAAUAGCGAGAAAUUAUGGCUGUGUAUUAUAAGUUCAAAAGUGCAAAAGAUAAUUUUUCGAUUCCUGUUGAUGGUCCUUUCAUAUCGAUUGCCAAUUUAAAAAUAUCGAUUUAUGUAUCGAAGAAUAUGAGAAAGGGUACUGAUUACGAUCUCAUCAUUACCAAUGCACAAACCAAUGAAGAAUAUCUUGAUGAAGAAAUGUUGAUUCCAAGAAAUACCUCUGUUCUUGUACGCCGUGUACCUGGACUGCCUCGUAUGCCCAUUGUUAUACAAACAAACAAUGCAAAGUUCGAAAAUCAGACUGAGGAUGAUCAAAGUGCGAAAAGCAGCAUUACAACUGCUGAGUCUUCAGGCAUUUUAGCUUUUGAAGAUUCUGAAAUGGAUGAUGAAUUUGGAAGUAAUCCAUUUGCAAUGACCUCUGAGAUAAUACCAGGACAAUCUAGGCUAUCCAGCAGUUCAGUGCAGGAUUCAGUUUGUGUAAGCAAAGCUGACAAGGACAACAAAAUCAAGGCUUUAGUUGGAAAUUCUGGUUUAAACUGGCAACUUCAUCAUACUGAUGAUUUUGGCUCAAGGAGAGGUUCUGGAAGAGGUGAACAGAGUACCCGAGGAUUUGUUUGCGGUGGUUUGGAGUUGAAAACACCUCCACAAGGCUAUGUUUGUCAUAGGUGCAAAGUUCCUGGUCAUUAUAUUCAGCACUGCCCAACAAAUGGUGACCCAAAUUAUGACAUUAAGAAAGCGAGACCUGCUACUGGUAUCCCAAAGUCGAUGCUGGUACCUACACCAGAUGGCUCCUUUGUAUUGCCGAGUGGCACUGCUGCUGCUUUGAAGCCAAAUGAGGCUGCCUUUGAUAAAGAAAUGGAAGGGCUAUCUACUUGUUCUUUUAAAGAUCUUCCACCUGAACUCCAUUGUCCAUUGUGCAAAGAAGUGAUGAAAGAUGCUGUCUUAUCCAGCAAGUGUUGUUUUGGAAGCUUCUGUGAUAAAUGUAUCAGGGAUUAUAUCAUUUCAAAAUCAAUGUGUGUCUGUGGGAUAAGAGAUAUACUUACAGAUGAUCUUGUGCCAAAUAAUACAUUACGGAAUACGAUUAAUCGCAUCUUAGAGUCUUCUGGUAAUAGCAGUGUAGAUAAUCCAGGAAGCUCUGCUCAAGUUCCAGAUAAGGAGUCUGCACAUCAUCCUCAAACUAGAAUUUCAUCACCUACUCAAUCUGCUGUGUCAGAAGGGGCCCCAGAUGCUAAAGAAAUUUCAAAUUUAAAGGAGAAUAUGGAUGAUGGUGGUAAGCCUAGUGAUGCUCCACAAGUUCUGGUACAACCACAGACUUCAGGGGAAGAUAAGAUCACUAAAGUUCCAGAUGUAUCUGAAGCUACACAUGAAUAUGUUACUGUGAAGGAACCUGCAUCACAGGAUAGUGCUUUACCUCUUACGGAAGGAGGUCAGCCAAAGGUGGCUGUUAACGAAGCAGGGAAGAAAAAGAAAAGGAGGAAGGUGUCUUCAUCUGUAAAUGUUUCAGGCGUGCAAUGGAUGAGUAUGACUGGCAUAGACGAAAACAUGUGCAAUUCUGCAUUUAAUCCUUACCAGAGAGGCAUGCAACCUGCCGUUAAUGGAUUUAUGGGCCCUUAUGGUGGUAACAUGCCUUAUAACAUGGGGUACGGUCCAGGAUCUAUGGAUAUGUUUUUCGGAAAUUUUAUUUCUCCAGAUUCUUUUGGAGCACAAGGGUUCAUGAUGCCCCAAAUGCUUCCUCCACAAAGCAGGGACCAUCCUAAAGAUCGUGAUUGUCACAGAGAAGCAAGAAGCAAUGACAAUGUCCUGCCUGAGAAGUCCGAACUUAAGCCAGCAUCAGCUCAUAGGUCUUCAAGGGAAGAACACCACGAUUAUUAUCAUGAUCGCAACCAUGACCGUAAGAGAGAGACCAAGAGAGUCUCUAUUGACCAUGAUAAUUACCAUUGUAGCCACCAGCAGAUCUCCCAGAGUCACCAGUCUUUUGAUCAUGACAGCCAUGGCUCGUAUCGAACUCGGCCAUCUUUAAAAAGAAAAUCUGAACAUUAUGAGAUGGAUCAUCAUCACAAUCACCAUUAUGGCCGCUCCAAGUCGUCAUCCUUAAGGCAGUGACCGUCCAAAGUGUCCCCUCUGUAAGAAGUGAGACCAGAAGGCAGGAGAGUGUAGAUACUUAGGUGCCUUGAGCAAAGUUGUAUUGAGUUGAGAAAUGUAAUAUGUUCGUUUAGUAACUUCUCGCAGAUGUGAAAUGUAAUUGAUUUUUCAAGUAUAAUAAAAAGUGGUUUAGUUACCUUUCA